GCUUUAUUUGUCGUUUCCGUUUUCUGUGAUGUCAAAAAUUGCGCGCGUUUUUUAAAGAAAUAGCAAGCAGUCUUCAGUCAUUUGCAAAAUUCCACAACUUAAUAAAAUUACUAAAAAUGGAUCCAUUGGACGUAGAAAUGUAUGAUAUUCACGGCAGUCAGUCGCCAGUAACAGAUGUAAAUGCAUCAAUCGACAUUAGUGAAAACACAGCGGAGCUAGACCAGGCUUUAAUCCAGUAUGUAACAACCUCCAGUCGGUUACUUUUUGCCGAACGUGAAGAAACUUGGAAUGAUUUCCACACAGCGAGUUGGAAUAAUACUGAAAAGUUCACUGACUAUUCAACUGAGCAGCUACGUGAGCAUUUUCUGCAAAAAGUGCUGCCGAAAAUACAAAACUAUGAGCUGACCGCUACACAAAUGCAAAUGUUUGAGCUGCUAAAGUUGCAACCGGAAUAUGAGCGGACUUCUACUGGUUACGUACGCAUGCCAGCUAAUCGGCGUAUAGGCUUUAACCGCCAGCCGAAAGAAGGGAAAGAUUUCAUACUGGUCAAACAAGCGCGCCAGCUGCGGCAAAUGUUGAAUGAAUGCUCACUAACUGAAGGCGAGUUGGAUGCAAAUCAAGAAUUUGAUUUGAAUAAGCCUGUACAUUCACCGACUCACACGCUAUUGCUGCGUGCUCCUUAUGAGCGGCAGGGUACUGGCUAUAAUUACCAGUUCUCCAAAGAAAAUGCUGCGUUAUUGUCUGCAGCGCUCUCAAACGACUUUGAAUUGUUCGGCCGUGUUUUAAUCGAGCCAAAGGAAAUUCAUAAGCGCUUACGCGAUGCAAAACGCGAUUUUGAGCAAACUGCACGUAUGCCGGAAAAUUGUUUGGAUGCCGAAAAAUUAGUUGCCAAAAUCAAGAAGUUGAAAACGUUGCGUGAGGCGAUAGUGGAUGUAGUGACUAGUCGCUUUUAAUAUUCAAUGCAUUAAUUGUAUACCAAUUAUUUUUUGUA